AUGGCGGGGGGAUCCAAGAAGGAGAAGGCUGUGGAGGGGAGCGAUCCUACGGCCAAGCUCACCGACGACAUCCUCGUCGAGGUCAUCUCGCGCGUCCCCUACAAGUCCACCUGCUGCUGUAAGUGCGUCUCCACGCGCUGGCGCGACCUCUUCUCCCACCCGGACCACCGCAAGAAGUUGCCCCAGUCCCUCGCCGGCUUCUUCUAUGAAGGUUAUAACAGAAAUCGCUCUCCCAAGACAGCUCGAUAUUUCACCAACGUGUCAGGGGAAGGCGACCCUUUCGUCGACCCGUCCCUCGCGUUUCUGCCCAACUAUAAGAGCCUUGAAAUCUUGGACUGCUGCAAUGGCCUCCUCCUCUGCCGCUGCUGGAAGGAGACUGAUCCCAAGACAUUGGAUUACGUUGUGUGCAAUCCCGCCACUGAGAAAUGGGUGGUCGUCCCUCCCACCAACUGGUCCAGCGAGGUGGAGGUCACUCGGCUGGGGUUCGAUCCGUCUGUCUCCUCCCACUUUCAUGUGUUUGAAUUCAUAGAUGAGGAUGUGUGGGGUACAGAAGAGGACAAGCUAAAUGAUUGCAGUGGACGCAUAGAAAUGGUGUCAGUUUACUCAUCCAAAGCUGGUGUUUGGAUGCACCACCGAACAGCUGAUCACAAUUUAUUUGCGAUACCAAGGCAUUCAAAAAGCGUAUUUUUCAAUAGGAUCCUGCAUUUGGCUGCCUUCGAUGACAUGGUAGUGACCUUGGAUGUCAAAGGAAGUCUUUUAUGGAUCAUUGGUACUCCUGCAUCAUCCUGUAAUGAUUCUUCUAUCAAUGAUAUUUUUCUAUCAAAUGGGCAGCUACAUUUUGCAGCUAGUGCUGAUUCUGUAUGCCUAUCAGUCUGGGUUCUUGAGGACUAUGAACGAGGAAAGUGGACCUUGAAGCACAAUAUCAGCCACUCGCAACUGUUUGGAGUAAUGUAUUCAGAGCAUGAUUACAAUGUCAUCUCAUUUCACCCUGAACGCAAUAUGAUUUUCAUAGUCUGUGGGCAUGAGAACACACUAAUGUCAUAUGAGAUGGAUUGCAGAAAGCUUUAUUUUAUAAGUCAACUUGGACGGGAUGGCCAAAUUAAAUGUGGCAAGACUCCUUAUAUUCCAUAUGUUCCCUUGUUCUCGGAGUCAUUGGCAGAUGGACCUUAA